AUGAUAUCCACUUCAUUAAAGAACUUAUGUGAUUACCUUAACGGGAACAUUUUGAAUCAACACAAUCGCCAUCUUGCCGAAAAAUCCUCCCGAUGGAAUGUACUUUGGAUAUUGAGCAUAUCAAACUUUGAUAGAACUCUUCAAAUGAUGUUCCGCAUUCGAUCGUAUGUUAUAAGAGAAAAGAAUAAUAGUCCCUUUACUGAUCUGAUACGAUGCGUUAAAUCAAUAAAGAAAUUCAACACCUUGAAAAAGAUGAAUUUUUUCAAAAAGGAAAUUGAAAAAGAAGUGACUAGCCAUAGUCAAUCCAAUUCCGGUGGUGCUUCUAACGCGGGCAAUCAAGGGAUAGGAGGUGGAAUAUUAGGUGAAGUUGAACAAGCUGUGGAAGGAGGAUUCAAUUCUAAUAAUACUGCUGGUAAUACAAGUGGAUUAGUUAGUGAUAUCGAAAAAGUUGCGGAAACAGCAUUGAACUCCAAUUCUGGUGGUAGUGGAGGACUGUUGGGUGAUGUGGAAAAAUUCGCAGCUGGGGCUUUGAAUUCUAACUCAGGUGGUGGUGAUAAUGGAAUUCUGGGUGAUAUUGAGAAAGCCGCGGUAUAUAAACUCGAUGAUUUAUAUUCACUGCACAACAUUUUCAAAAACACAAAUCAAAUCAAGAUGAGUUUUGUUCGAAAUGCCGAAGAAGCCUUCGUCGACAAUAUGGCUGAUCGUGUAAUCAACGAUGUUGUUCCCGGCGGUAGCGGUUUGGUGGGUGGUACUGUUCAAACUGGCGUGGAUCAAUUUGUGAACAAUGAAAUCAAUCGAGAUUUAUUUGGUGGUGGACUCGGAAGUGGUGGUGCACCGACAAAUGGUGGUGGAAUUUUCUAA